AUGGCUCCAGUCAUUGGCAGACUUUACCAGUUUGCUGCAGGGCUUUUUCUUUUCCUAGUGUCUUUGGGGUUUGUGGAAGGUGGGCGGCUGCUGGUGAUCCCUCAGGAUGGAAGUCACUGGCUCAGCAUGCGUGCAGUGGUGGAGAAGCUCAGUGAGAAAGGGCGUGAAAUAGUAGUGCUUGCUCCAGAAGUUAAUUUGCUCUUGAAAGAAUCAGAGCAUUACACAAGGAAAACGUAUGCUGUGCCUUACACCCAGGAAGAGCUAGACCGUCGUUUUCAUUUGUUUGCUAACCAGCCCUUUGAUGAGGUCUCCUUCCCUACUAUGAUCAUAGACGUAUACAGCAGCACCAUGUUUGUACUGGACUUAUUCUUCUACAACUGUGCCAGCCUCCUGCAGAACAGAGAAAUCAUACGAUACUUGGACGAGAGUAAAUUUGAUGUGCUCUUCAUAGACCCCGCCUUGCCAUGUGGGGUGAUCCUGGCAGAGUAUCUAUCCAUUCCUUCCGUGUACUUCUUUCGUGGAUUUCCCUGCAGUUUAGAGCAUGCAGUGACUAAAUGUCCAGACCCUGUUUCUUAUGUCCCAAGAUGCUAUACCAGCUACACAGACCACAUGACAUUUACCCAGCGAGUGCUGAACCUAUUUGUUAGCUCUUUAGAGACACCACUGUUUAAGGAUUUGUAUACCAAAUACCAAGACAUUGCUUCAAAGUUUCUCCAGAGAGAUGUGCACUUACCAACACUUUACAGAAAUGGCUCCAUAUGGCUCCUGAGAUACGAUUUCGUGUUUGAGUAUCCCAAACCAGUGAUGCCCAACAUGGUCUUCAUCGGAGGUAUAAACUGUGAGGAGGGGAAAAACCUACCUCAGGGCUUUGGACCUGGCCCGCUGGAUUGCCACCCCCGUGGCACUGCAGGCCCCGCGCCACUCCCAGAAGCAGCCGGCACCGCAUCUCUGCAGCUCUUCGGGGAGAGGGGGUAG